AUGGCGGAAGCAGUAGCUGGACAGAUCCCAUCCGCUUUCGUCAGUAUCGCGAAAGAUAAGCUGGGCUCUGCCAUCGCGGAGCAGGCUAAUUUGCUGUGGAACUUCGGCGGUGACUUGGAGGGCAUGAAGGACGCCGAGAGGCGGUCGGUCAAGGAGAAACUGGUGCAGCUAUUGAUGAAGCGGCUCAAGGACGUCGCCUUAGACAUCUCCGACGUGCUCGAAGACUACCAAGACACACGUGACCAAGGAACUGCAAAGGUGCAAUAG